AUGGUUCAGGGCCUGACAACGAAGACGGCGAGCGGCGAGGUGCUGCGGGUGCGGGAGGUGUGGGGCGACAACCUGGAGGAGGAGAUGGAGCUGCUGCGGAGCGUGGUGGACGGCUACCCGUACGUGGCGAUGGACACGGAGUUCCCGGGCGUGGUGGUGCGGCCGGUGGGGGCGUUCAAGAAGAACGGGGAGUACCACUACCAGACGCUCAGGUGCAACGUGGACAUGCUGAAGCUGAUUCAGCUGGGCCUAACCUUCACCAACGCGGACGGCGGCCUGCCGAUGAUCGACGGCGAGCUGUGCGUCUGGCAGUUCAACUUCAGGGAGUUCAGCCUUAGCGAGGACGUCUACGCCCAGGACAGCAUCGAGCUGCUGAAGCAGUCGGGCAUCGACUUCGCAAAGAAUGAGGCCAAGGGCAUCCAGGUGGAGCGGUUCGGUGAGCUGCUCAUGACGUCGGGCAUCGUGCUGAACGACGAGGUGCGAUGGGUCACUUUCCACAGUGGCUACGAUUUCGGGUACCUGCUCAAGGUGGUGACCUGCCAGCCUUUGCCCAGCCAGGAGAUGGAGUUCUUUGACAUGCUGAAGAUUUACUUUCCUACGAUUUACGACAUCAAGUACUUGAUGAAGUUUUGUGACAAUCUGCACGGUGGUCUCAACAAAGUCGCUGAGAUGCUGCAAGUUCAACGAAUCGGUCCUCAGCACCAGGCGGGGUCUGACAGCCUGCUCACUGCCUGCACCUUCAUCCAACUGGCAAAGAAGUUCUUUGCUGGUGUGGAGGGUGCCUGCCAGCAUGCAGGCGUUCUCUAUGGCCUGGGCGUCGACGCCAACUCGAACGCCUGGCACUUUGACCAGCUCGACUAA